GAAGAAAAAGAAAAGGCAAACAUUUGAAGAGAAUUGAGUGAUGAACCACGCCCGAGGAGGAAGAGAAAAAAAUGCUUUUUCCUUUGAACAAUCAAGAUCAUGCUUGAAGAAAAUUGAGUUAUGUCCAACCGCAAGAUGGAAUUUAAUAUCUUCUAAAAGUGGCGGAAGACCCCAUGAAUCUCUGUUCAAUUUCUCAUUCGAUUAACCCAAUAAUCGUCCAGGUUCAAUGUCCCUCUCCUCUGAUUGGCUCCCUUCAAUGUUCAUUUCCUCACAGAUUCCAUCAUUAGUCAAGAAUUUUAGCUGAUGAAGUAGAGAUUUCACUCUUCACUUCUUACUUUAUUAAACCCCCAAAGCAAAUCCCGCCGGAGCUCGUCACUCUCCGCCGCACCUAAUGGCCUUCUCCGAGUUCCGUCCGCUCGACGAGAGCUCCCUGAUCGAGUACAUUAAGACUGUUCCUUCAUUGUCCGACAAGCUCGGCAAUAAGUUCGAUGACAUUAAGAUUAAGGAAGUCGGAGAUGGCAACCUUAAUUUCGUUUACAUAGUCUUAGGCUCAUCGGGUUCCUUCGUUAUCAAGCAGGCUCUUCCUUACGUUCGUUGCAUAGGGGAGUCAUGGCCAAUGACAAAGGAACGAGCAUAUUUUGAGGCAGUGACAUUAAGAAAGCAUGGACAUUUGUGCCCAAAUCAUGUCCCUGAUGUUUAUCACUUUGAUCGUACGAUGUCGUUGAUUGGCAUGCGUUACUUGGAACCUCCUCAUAUAAUCUUGAGGAAAGGUUUGAUCGCUGGAAUCAAGUAUCCGUUGCUGGCAGAUCACAUAUCAGAAUACAUGGCGAAGACUCUCUUUGGCACAUCCAUCCUUUAUAAUUCGACCACCGUGCACAAAGAAUCUGUUGCCGAGUUCUGUGGGAAUGUGGAGUUAUGCAGACUCACUGAACAGGUCGUGUUUUCUGACCCGUACAAAGUGUCUGAAUACAACCGUUGGACAUCACCGUAUCUUGAUCGUGAUGCCGAGGCUGUUAGAGAAGACAAUGAUUUGAAGGUUGAGGUUGCGGAGUUGAAAGCAAAGUUUAUAGAGAGAACCCAGGCCCUUGUUCAUGGAGAUCUUCACACAGGGUCUAUUAUGGUCACGCAAGAAUCAACUCAAGUCAUCGAUCCGGAGUUUGCAUUCUAUGGACCAAUGGGUUUCGAUAUCGGAGCCUUUUUGGGGAACUUAAUCUUGGCCUUCUUUUCACAAGAUGGACAUGUCGUGGAAGGUAACGAUCGAAAGGCAUACAAAGAGUGGAUUUUGAAGACGAUUGAAGAGACUUGGAAUCUGUUUCAUAAGAAGUUCGUGGGGCUCUGGGAGCUGCACAAAGAUGGUCCUGGGGAGGCUUAUCUCCCUGCCAUUUACAACAACCCCGGGCUUCGGCAGCUGGUUCAGAACAAAUAUUUGACCGACUUGUUACAUGACAGCCUUGGUUUUGGAGCUGCUAAAAUGAUCAGGAGAAUAGUGGGAGUGGCUCAUGUGGAAGAUUUUGAAUCCAUCAAUGACCCGAGCAAGCGAGCGGGAUGCGAAAGGCGAGCCCUUGAAUUGGCUAAGCUACUUAUGAAGAAAAGGCGAAAUUUCAAUUCCAUUUCUCAGGUCAUCUCUGCCAUUCGUGAGAUCCAAUAAUCUAUGCGUGUUUGCCUUUGGUCAUUGGACACGGGAACAAAGCGUUUGUGAGAAGAAAAUGAGACCGUUUCGAAUUUUGGAAUUUCACGAGCUUCAUGGUACCCAACAAUUCUCUGGUUUCUGUUUUCCCAAUCCAUGAUUUCAUGAAUUUUUAGUUGAAAUAAGAUAGAUCGGCCAAAAUGAGCAUAGCUCAUUUAGCAUAAUACUUGUACUAUCAAUCUCUACUUCGAGGUUCUAUUUUUCCACAACCAUAUUGUCAAAAAAGACCGAACUUGCUACCGUUUGCCUUCGUAAAACUAAUGCCUAUCUUCUUCAUUGCUUACUCUACA